CACAAUUCUGCAAUUUUUUUCAAGCUAAAAUGAAUAUACGGAGCGUAUUUUUUGUACUUCUAGUCUCAAUGUUUAUUCUGUUGGGCAAUGGAGAAAACAACUGCAGCGAGUUGAUCAAUCUGCAAUCACUGUGUCGAAAGUAUUGCCUUCAAGCUAUAAAACCUGCGUUAAAUAAAAUGCAAGACUUACAGAGCAAACUGGAUGACUUGAAGAAUGAGUCAAUGAACAGUUUCACGAAAUUCGGAAAACUAAUAGAUUUACAGAAUGAAAAGUUUGUAGAGAAUUUCGCAAAUUUACGUAAUGAAACUGAAACAAAUAAAUAUGUCGAACAAAAGCUACAAAUUGCAACAGAGAGAAUACAACAACAAUUACAACAGCAAGAUGUAAAGUUCCAGCAAAAGCUUAACAAUCUUGAAGUACGAAAAACAUUAGUUGGUCCACCUUAUCAAAAAAUUGGUUCAAAAUAUUAUUAUAUUGAAGAAAGUUCAGAAGUUAAUUGGUUUGAGGCAGUUAACAAAUGUCUGGCACUUGGUGGACAUUUGGCUAGUUUCAAGAAUAAGAUGGAAAAUAAUGCAAUCAAGCACAAAUUGCAGAAUGACAAAGAUUAUUGGAUUGACAUUAACGAUCUAGCUAAGGAGGGAGAGUAUGUUUCCAUUGCCACAGGUCGCCGGGCAACCUAUUUUGACUGGAAAUCAGGUGAACCUAACAACUGGAAAGAUAUCGAGAAUUGCGUUGAAUUGAAUCGUAAUGGUAACUUUCAAAUGAAUGAUGAUACAUGUAGUAAAAACCAAUUGUUUAUUUGCGAACAUAGAAACGAGCUCUAAUAAGUUAUGUAAUUUAAGUAUGACGACUUUUUCCUUUUUUAUUUCAACCAAUUGAUGCAUAAUUAUCGCAUAUUUUAUUCGCGAAUAUUCGAAAUAAAUAAAUCAACUUUAACUGCAAAUGUUUGAAGUUUAAUAUGGUUGAAUAAACAUUCUACGCGCGUCCGU